AUGUCGAAGCCGCUUAUUCCACAUGCGCUGAUGCACUGCAUCAAGACGGCGACAACCGCAGAUGAGGCCAAUGAAAUAGUAGCCAAAUUUCCCCUGACGAACGAUGGUUUCGCGUCGGCUUGGGGUGCUCUCUGCGAACGUUUUGAGAACAAGCGCUUGUUAAUAACAAGCCAGUUGAAGAUCCUAUUUAACCUGUCCACGGUUACCCAAGAGUCGGGAGCAGCUAUCAAGGAGCUGCAGAGCACGAUUCAGCGUUGCUUGACCGCUCUUGAGCAUUCAGACAUUUCCGUCUGUAGCCCGUUCGCAGAUUGCAUCCUCGUUUCCCUCUGCUCGUCCAAACUUCCCAAGCUCACACUCUCGUUGUGGGAGCAAUCGUUGGUGGACAAAGCGAAAAUUCCCGCAUGGCAGGAUAUGAGCACGUUCCUCAAUGAGCGCUACCGUACGCUCGAAGCGAUUGAGGACGUAAAACAGACCGCCAAUUCGCAGAUCGCGACUGCAGGAACAUCCCGUCCGCAGAAUUCAAAGCGAGUCAACUCCUUUGAGGCCCGAGUCACUCCGAAAGGCAAAUCGUGUGACUUGUGCUCAAGGAGAAUCACCCUGUCCGGUGCCCACAAUGGUGCCUCUUCAUCGUCCAAUAUACAGUCCACUCCAAAUCCAACGGCAACUAAUGUGCAGAAUUUCUUUGCCAAUAAUGCUCAGAAUGUCCUUCUCGGCACGGCGGUCAUCAAUGUUUGCCACUUGGGCACUACAUAUACCGCACGUGCGCUAAUUGACUCCGGGUCCGAAGCGACCUUCAUUUCUGAGCGUUUGUUCCAACGCAUUAAGUUGCCUUUCCAGUCCGUGCGAGCCCAGGUAUCCGGGCUGAAUCACGCAGUUGCGGCCCAAUCGCAGAAGUUAUGUCACUUCAGCAUUGGUUCUCCGACGAAGCCGAGGCUCCAUAUCGAGACUUCGGCAUUCGUAAUCCCACAGUUGGCAGGCAAACUGCCCUCCUUCGAUAUGCCGCGAACUUUCCUAAAGGAUCUACCAGCGAUAGAACUGGCAGAUCCACACUUCUACAAGAGCGCUCAGAUCGAUAUACUAAUUGGCGCGGAUAUCCUUCCGUCGGUCAUCUUGAGCGGCUCCCGGCCAAACAUUUGUGGCUCACUCCUUGGGCAGGAAACCGUGUUUGGCUGGAUUCUUAACGGCCCCGUCUCCCAAAGUAUGUCGACAACUGUUUCUGCGUUUUCGACAAGAGUCGCCCUCCAAGCAGACGAACAGCUCGACAGCCUACUUUCCAAAUUUUGGGAGGUGGAGGAUAUUCCAGCGAAGCUGAUAAAGGAGUCAGACUUCGUUUGCGAAGAAAACUUCGUUAAGACUACUUCUCGUAGCAAAUGUGGCAGAUAUCGGGUGACUCUUCCAUUCCGGAAGCCCGAUGGCAUUGAACUGGGUCAUUCCAGAUCUAUAGCGCUGGCUCAAUUCCUCAAGAACGAGAAUCGUUUGUCAAGAAACGAUUCUCUAAAGGAACAGUACAAUGCCGUUCUCCAGGAGUACGUGGACUUGGGUCAUAUGACACCCAUAUCGCCUCAGGCGAUUGGCACGACUCCUAAUUUCUACUUGCCUCACCACGCCGUGUUCAAACCAGAUAGCACCACAACGAAGGUGCGGGUCGUUUUCAACGCAUCUUGUCCAUCCUCAAAUGGCAAGAGUCUGAAUGAUAUCCUUCAUUCAGGGCCCAUUCUCCAAUCGGAUCUCACAUUGCAGAUCCUCCGAUGGCGAUACUAUCGAUAUGUGUUCAAUGCGGACAUAACGAAGAUGUAUCGCCAAAUCCUCAUGGACUCAAAGCACACACCGCUCCAACGAAUUCUGUUCCGCACGUCGGACGGUGUGAUCCGUGACUUUGAGUUGAACACGGUGACAUUCGGUGUCAACUGUGCGCCUUUCCUGGCUCUACGAGUCCUUCAGCAACUUGCUGAUGACAUACGCUUGGAGUAUCCUCUCGCAAGCCGUGUCAUUUCCAACAACAUGUACGUGGACGACGUCCUAGCGGGGACACACACAAGAGAGGAGGCCAUCCGGACCAUUACGGAAGUGUGUGCAGCCCUGGACAGUGCUGGCUUCCCGCUGAGGAAGUGGACGUCGAACCAUAAGAGCGUGCUGAAGGACAUUCCAAAGGACCAUCUACUACGAGGAGACUUCCUCGAACUCGAAGACUCUAGUACGGCGAAAACUCUGGGCAUCAGGUGGCAAGCUCACGAUGACGAGUUCUUCUUCAUGCCACCAGAAGUUGCCCAUCAGGACUCCUACACGAAGAGGGAAGUGCUUUCGCAAAUCGCUAAGCUUUUCGACCCAGCCGGGUGGCUGGCCCCUUUCGUUAUCCGAGCCAAAAUCUUCAUGCAGGAGAUUUGGCUGAGAACGCUCGAAUGGGACGAGCAUCUACCCACGGAUCUUUCACUCCAAUGGAAGGAGUACCUCCAGAGCUAUCCUGCUCUGGGAAAGAUCCGGAUUCCAAGAUGGGUCCAAUUCCAGACACGAGUGAAGCUCCAGUACCACGGAUUCUGUGAUGCGUCAGAACGGGCGUAUGGAGCAGCGAUCUAUGUCCGUGUGGAGACGGCGAACAAGGUUUCCACACAUCUCCUUACUGCGAAGACAAAGGUGGCUCCGGUCAAGUCUCUCUCAGUGCCACGUCUGGAGCUUUGUGGCGCAGUCCUGUUGGCUGAGUUAUCUGCAGCCCUCCUCCUGAAUCUGCCAGCAGAAAGUUUCCAGACUUUCUUUUGGACCGACUCAACAAUUGUUCUCGCCUGGUUGAACAAGUCACCCUGCCGAUGGACAACAUUUGUGGCCAAUCGAGUGGCCAAGAUUGUCCAAGCCAGCGACGCCAAGAACUGGUCGCAUGUGCGAUCCGAGCACAAUCCGGCAGAUCUUGCAAGCCGUGGUGUCCUGCCACAAGAAUUGGUUCGUAAUCCUUUGUGGUGGCAUGGACCAGAGUGGCUUCAUCUCCCGUCGGAUCAAUGGCCAACUUCUCCAAGUCCCAUUCCGGAGACUCUGCUGGAGCAGCGGAUUAAGUGCAACGUCGCUAAGAUACCUCCGACUCCCGACUUCCUGAGCAAGUUCUCUGAGUUUGGCAGGGCACUGCGCACGUCUGCCUAUGUUCUCCGAUUCAUCGAUAGGAGUCGGAAGUUGGCAGUUCCAAGCUCUACCGUGGUUCAGGCGGAUGAGCUGUCACGGAUCCAAGAGCGGCUAAUCGUCAUGGCUCAACGUCACACUUUUCCACAAGAAUACCAAUGUCUGCAGUCCAAGCAGCAGGUUCCUUCCUCAAGUUCAAUCCGAAACUUGAACCCUUUCCUCGAUGGCAAGGGGAUUCUACGGGCCUGUGGGCGUCUGAGGGCGUCCCACUCGCUGCGUUACGAUGAGAGUCAUCCAAUCAUCCUAUCGUAUUCCUCGUCCUUUGCACGACUACUGGUUCGUUUCACCCAUCGUAUAUCCUUACAUGGGGGUAACCAAGUCGUUAUGCGGCUGAUCCGUUCCAGGUUCUGGAUUCCCAAAUUGAAGGUCCUCGUUAAAUCCACCAUCAACUCCUGCAAGGUCUGCGUCAUCUACAAGAAGAGAUUGCAGACCCAAAUGAUGGGGGACUUGCCCAAGGAAAGGGCGUCCUACUCGAGACCUUUCACGCACACUGGAGUCGACUUCGCUGGCCCAUUCGAGAUAAAGAACUACACUGGCCGAGCCUGCCUCAUCACCAAAGGGUACGUCUGCGUCUUCGUGUGCUUCAGCACGAAGGCGAUCCACUUGGAGGCAACAUCGGAUCUCACGACGGAGAAAUUCCUGGCCGCAUUCUCCCGUUUCAUCGCACGGCGCGGGUGUCCACACCAAAUGUACUCGGACAACGGGAAAACCUUCGUUGGAGCUGACAAGGUGAUCUCCAACGACUUCUUGGAAGCGACGAGGGAGUGCAUCAUCGCACAACACGCCCACAAGAGCCUAUCCUGGCACUUCAACCCGCCGGGCGCCCCGCAUAUGGGUGGAUUAUGGGAAGCCGGCGUAAAGAGUUUUAAGGCACUCUUUUACAAGGCGACAUCCACCUCGAAAUAUACGUUCGAAGAGUUGUCCACUCUUCUCGCUAAAAUCGAAGCCUGCCUGAAUUCGAGGCGGAUUUCCCCUAUGUCCGAGGAUCCGUCGGAUUUACUAGCGCUCACUCCGGGCCAUUUCCUCAUAGGUGGCCCUCUUAUUUCGGUGUUGGAACCACCAAUUAACCAACCGGCCACCUCCAUCCUCAAUCGAUGGCAGCGACUGAAGGCUCUUCACCAACAAUUUUGUUUCCGUUGGAAAGAUGAGUACCUGAAGGAGCUGCACAAACGGACUAAAUGGCAAUCCCCUACCCGGAACCUUCGGAUCGGUGACAUGGUCGUCAUAAAGGAAGACAACCUCCCCUCUAACGAGUGGCGCCUAGGACGGGUGCUGACGACGUGUCCAGGCACCGACGCCAAGGUCCGAGUGGUAGAUGUGCUCACGGCGCGGGGUACCAUCCGAAGACCCGUUGCCAAACUUAUUCUACUCCCGAUGGACAGCAAGACUGACCCCUCCACGUCAGAAGGACUGAAGGACGAAUAA